AUGGGCAGCCAGGUCAUUUUGAGCGCUCUUAGGAGUCAAUGGGCGGUGGUCGGGAGCAUAUCCGUCGUCUGCUACGACUACUUCCUCACAUUCGAUCGCGAGAUUCAGUACGUGUGGAGGAGGAGGAUCACGAGUGCAAGCGCGAUCUAUAUCGCCAUACGUUACUCCUCGGUGGCCACCAUCAUCCUCACCCUCUUCGGUUUCUUCGCUUCGUCGGGCCAAUCAACACUAGUGAGAGCCUUUCCGAGCCCCAACAAAUACUGGACGCCUCUGACCCCCUUGAACUGGCAGACGUGCACCGCGAUAACACGGGCUUUUUCUGCCGUGUCUACCGUCAUUCUCACGUCUUCCGCAGUUUUAGUGCUAGGGUUCGCGAACGCCGUUCCCUCGAUUGUAAGCACUCUCAACCUCUCUUCCGCUUUACUGUAUCCAACUCAACCCUGGGAUUUUCUCAGACCCAGCGACAUCGAACCCACGUGCCACGUGGAUUUCUCGCAAUUUAUAUCCUUCCGCAAGAAGCGCAAACCAGAGGUUUACCCUUACGACGGCUUUUUUUCAGAAUGGUGUCACAUACUUCGUCUCUUGCUCGUUCUCUCUGGUUCAAUCAGCGCCAUGACGGUGCUCUUGACCUGCCGUUUCAUCCUCGACUUAUUUGAAGCGAGCGCGGGCGCACGCUUCGGCACCGCCCCCACAAUACACCUCUCGACCGUGCCCAGUUUGAGAACGUCGCGCUCACUUGCGUUCGGACACGUUGGCGGUCCCGACACCACGGGACAUUCUCAAGGAAUUUUCGACGCGGAUAUCAGCUGGCGCAGGCCGACAGAAGACAGCGAGAACGUGCGUGGUAACCCGGACGACUACGGCUUCGAGCUCCGGGUGGACCCGGGACCGUGGAGGGAGUUACAGCUGGAACAACAGAAAUCGAAUGUGCGCUCUCUCAGAUCGGAGUCGUGA